CCUCCCCUUGUAGCCGACGCCAAAGCGGCAAGCCGGCAAAACCUGCUUCCCCCAAUGCCGCCGGCGAACCUCACCCCCACCAAAUGGCCCAAGAACCUCACCGCCGAACACCUCCACCGUCUUGUCCGCGGCGAGCGUGACCCCCGCCGCGCGCUCGCCCUCUUCGACGCGGCCACCGCCGCGCCUGUCUCCACUUCGGUGCCCACACAAAUCCUCCCCUCCCCGGACACCGUCUCCCUCCUCACCUCCCGCCUCGCCUCCGCCGGCCUCCUCCCCCUCGCCACCUCCCUCCUCUCCCGCUCGCGCGCGCUCUUCCCCUCCAACGCCGACCUCGAGCCCCCCUUCCUCACCCUUCUCCGCGCCUUCUGCCGCACCCACCGCCCCCUCGACGCCCUCCAACUCUUCCGCUCCGCCCCCUCCGCCCUCUCUCUCCCCCACUCCGCCCGCUCCUACACCGCCGUCCUUGCCGGCCUCGUCGCGCACUCCCAUCUCCCCCUCGCCCACUCCCUCCUCGCCGACAUGCGCGCCAGCGGCUUCGGCCCAACCACCGCCACUUACAACGUCCUCCUCAAGGCCCAUUGCUCCGAUGCCGCCGCUCAUAUCGACGACGCGGUCCGCCUUUUCCGCAACAUCCCCAAACCUGACGCCUGCUCCUACAACACCCUCAUUGAUGGGCUCUGCCGCCGCAGCCGCCGGGUCGAGGCUCAGGAGCUGUUCUCCGAGAUGGUAGAAAAUGGCAUUGCGCCUACAGUGGUUACUUACACGACUAUUAUCAAUUGGCUCGCACGGGAGGGCUGCUUGGAUGAUGCACUGGAGAUGUUUGACGAAAUGGGGAGGAGAGGUAUUGCACCCAAUGUUGUCACCUAUAGUUCUCUGAUUGAUGGUUUGUGCAAGGGUGGGCGUGCAGCAUCAGCACUGGACUUGCUGGAGAGGUUGGCCAAGGAGGUGAAGCUGCCAAAUACAAUCAUAUAUAGUUCUGUCAUUAAUGGCCUCUGUAAGGAGGGCCUGCUGAGGGAGGCAAUGGAGGUUUUGGACCGGAUGCGUCUCCAGGGGAGGAAGCCUGAUGCUGGAUUGUUUGGGAAGCUCAUUGUUGGGCUCUGUGAUGCAGGAAGGGCUGUGGAGGCUGCAAAUUACCUGGAUGAGAUGGUUCUUGCUGGCGUUCAACCGAACCGGGUCACUUGGAGCCUUCAUGUCAGGAUAAACGUUGCAGUGGUGACAGCAUUAUGUGUUAAGGGUGAAGUUGGGAGGGCUUUCCAGGUGUACCAGAGCAUGAGGACUCGUGGCAUUUCUACCGAGCCAAGCACUUUCCAUCUCCUGGUUGAGUUCUUCUCGAAAAAGAACCAUUUGGAGAAAGCAGCUCAUGUUGUGCUUGACAUGUUGUCAGAGAGGUGCAUCCCUGAGAGGGAAACAUGGGAUGUUAUUGUCAGUGGGUAUUGGAGUAAGAAGAAAGUGAGACAAGAAGCUGAGCAAAUAUGGAACAAAUUAGCAGUUAUCUGAUUUUACAUAAAAAUAAGUGUGGUGCUACACUGUGUCGGUACAUGAUCCGCCUAAGCCUUAUCAAGCAAAAAUUGUGAACUGUCACACUUCUUCCAUCACGGGGUUACGCAAGUGAGAGAGUUUUGCUACCAAAUCUCUUACACUCCAGUGCUUCCAUGCCCAGGAUAUGUGAAGUAUCAAUGUUUAUUGUAUGAAUAAUUGUUGAAGUGACAAGCAUGCGGGCACUAUUCAGGUACGAUGUGGGCUUGUCUUCCAUAUCUGUUGUUUCUGUAUGUAGAGAUACAUACACGGGCUCUGCAUAAGCUCAUUUCUAUUCUCGUCAUGUGUCUUCUGUUUCCUUAUUUCAUUGACUAAAAUGUUUGUUCAGGGUUAUUGCACGACGACUUAAAAGCUGUGUGAUAUGACUUCAA